AAAAAAAUAUAUUAGAUAUCAAACAUGUAAAGUCCUCUAAAUUUCUGUUAUAUUGUACAUUUCAUUUACAAAAAUGAGCAAAAUAUUUCCGUUCAAUAAGAUUACCACUGGACUUAACAUUAUAAAAGCCAAUGGUGGUCCACUUGCGGCUUUUAAAAAAUUGUUUAGACAAGAUGAAUUAAAAAUUGGUACUUUAGUUGGAACCGAUGAAAUGGGUAAUCGGUAUUAUGAAAACAAUUUAUAUUUUUAUGGCCGUAACCGUUGGGUAGAAUAUAAUGAGAAAGUAUUUUUGGACUAUGACGCUAGCCAAAUCCCAGCUGAAUGGUAUGGAUGGCUCCACUACAAAACUGAUUUACUUCCAUACAACGAUCCAUCGAGACCAAAAUACAGUUGGAUGGCAAAACAUACAGAAAAUUUAACUGGAACAUCUGGCCAAUAUGUUCCUUAUAGUUCAGUAAGGCCGAAAAUAGAAGCUUGGGUACCUUCAAAAAAAUGUUAAACUAACUUAUAACACAAUUUAGUGUACAUAAUAUAAAUUGUUACAAAAAGAAAUUAGUUGACAUGAAAAAUAAUUAUACAUUUAAGUUCUUCAAUAAAUAGAUUAUAAUUUAA